CCGCCGUCUCGACAGGAGUACUCUGUCGUCGUUCUUCUCCUUUAAAUCGUGCUCGUAUUGUUGUUCACUACAAUUACUACCGCCUAAAACCAUAAUUUAAUAACAAUAUUUACAAGUACAAUUAUACUUAAAAACAACACAAAUUUUAGUUCUAGUGUUUAAAAAAAAACGAAAAAACAUUUGCCAUGGAGAUAAACAUUUUUGGAGUUUAUUUGUUGUCUCUUUAUUUUUUAAGAGAUAAUUACCAGUAGUUAUUUAAUUAAAUAUAUAUAUCUAUAUUAAACUAAACUAAAUAUAUCGUGAAUGUGGAUAUAAAGUAUAAUCUAUUUAAUAAUGGAGUAUUAAAUAAUUUAAUGGACUGUCUUUAUCUUAUGGAAGUGAAAUAAAAAUCUAAAGAAAAAAAUAUCAUAUAAAUAUAUAAACAUACACUAGAUUAAAAUAUUCAGAUGUGAGUACAUACAAGUUUUAUGUUAGUUUUGUCAUAUAUUUCAACUGGUAUAUAAAGCUCUUGACAACAGUUCGAUUUAAUCGUGGGGAGUACAGUAGGAUUGUUGUCUGCCGCAAAAAAUAGAUUGUCAGUAGUAAAACCUGGAGAAGUUUUAUUUAAAUAAAAUAAUAAUAAAAAAAAAGAAAAAAAGUGGACUUGUUUGAAGCUUCGGAGUGGAGAUCGUACGUGUAUGUUGUGAUCGCGUAGUAAAAUAGUGUUUGAUAAUUUAAAAUAUUAGAUAUUAAUAAGUGUGCCCGGCAGAGAUAAGUGUCAGUACGAUGAUUGUGUAUUGGUGAUAAACCGUUUUAUUUAAUUAUUUAUUUUAUUUUUAUUUUAUUUUAUCUGGUUCUGUUUCUGUGAUUACUCAUUAUCAAUUCCUUCGAGACACAAUGCUCUGGAUAUUACGCAAAAUGGAGUUCCGAUCGGAGCUUUUAAUUCUGAUAAUUGUUUUCUUGGCAGUCUCCACUAAAGCACAAUUACGCACCCCAAGAAUAACGGAGCAUCCAUCGGACAUAAUAGUUGCUAAAAAUGAGCCAGUAACACUAAAUUGCAAAGCCGAAGGCAAACCAGAACCAACGAUAGAGUGGUACAAAGACGGCGAGCCAGUUCAAACAUCCCCAGGUGACGCGAAAUCACACCGCGUGUUAUUGCCCACGGGUUCGCUAUUUUUUCUGCGAGUGAUGCACGGAAAAAAGGAACAGGACGGAGGUGUCUAUUGGUGCGUCGCAAAAAAUCAAGCCGGAAGCGUCAGCAGCAGAAACGCAACUCUCACCGUAGCAGUGUUACGAGAUGAGUUCCGGGCGCAACCUCAGAACACGAGGGUCGCCGCCGGAGAGACCGCACUGCUGGAGUGCGGGCCACCUCGGGGUCAUCCGGAGCCAACUCUACAGUGGAAAAGAAAUGGCCAUGUCAUAGACUUGGAGUCUACUAAACGAAUAACUCUUGUCGACGGUGGAAAUCUUAUGAUUUCUGAUGUCCGACAAACAGACCAAGGAAAAUAUCAAUGUGUCGCUCACAACAUGGUCGGCGACAAAGAAUCUGCUGUUGCGACUCUAACUGUUCAUGUGAAACCAUUUUUCUUGGCGACGCCACAAAACCAAACAGUCCUGGUAGAUCAAACAGCCGAAUUCGCUUGUCGGGUUGGCGGCGACCCGGCGCCUGAAAUCCUCUGGCGAAGACACGAUGGAAAAAUGCCCAUCGGACGUGGACACAUUCUCGACGACAAAAGUCUGCGUAUUGAACGAGUUACGCCCCAAGACGCAGCGACUUAUAUUUGUCACGCGGAAAACGGGGUCGGGGUUAUUUCGGCGAGCGCAACACUCACCGUCCAAUCACGACCGGUCUUCACAAACUUCCCGAAGGAUGAAACCGUGAGCGGUGGUUCGGACGUAUCAUUCGCCUGCUCAGCCCGUGGUGCACCGAAGCCUUCGAUUUUCUGGACCCGUGAAGGCUCCCAGGAGCUGAUGUUUCCCGGCAAUGUGUACCAGGGCCGUUAUACAGUAAGCGAAGACGGCAGUUUGCACAUAAAGCAGGUUGUUAAGAAGGACGAGGGACACUACGUCUGCAGCGCAAUAAGUCAAGCUGGUGCCAGCACGGCAACCGUUUUUCUUCAGGUUACGCCGAUCGAAGAAGUUCCUCCGCCAAUAAUAGAACUAGGACCAGCAAAUCAAACACUGCCGCUUAAAAGUACCGCUUAUUUGCCAUGCCGAGCAGUGGGUACACCAACACCCCGCGUUCAUUGGCACAAAGACGGUGAUUUAGUGCCUCUGGGUAGCCGAAUAACGAUGUCCAGCAACGGGACAUUAAUAGUUAACGAUUUAAUAAUGGCCGAUGGUGGACUGUACACGUGUAUCGCCUCCUCCGAGUCUGGCAACACGUCAUGGUCAGCCACCUUGACCAUAAGCUCUGGUACGACACUCCACAAAACCCCAGAUAUCUCAGCACUGCCGCAAAAUCCGAGUAAACCGAGAAUAGUCAACAUUACCAGCACCUCGGUAACGCUCACAUGGAGUCCAGGUCAGGAGGGCAAAAGCAAAAUAAUUGGCUACAACAUCGAGUACUUCAGCAGUAAUUUAAAUACCGGAUGGGUUGUCGCCGCGACUGGCGUCACUGAUGACACCUACACUGUAACUGACUUGAAGCCCGACACCAAAUACGUAUUUCUUGUUCGCGCUGAAAACAGCCACGGACUAUCACUGCCGGGUCCAUCGUCAGAUACCGCUCACACCACCAGCCAAAACCAGUACUCAGUUCCCCAAAUCGAACUGAUUCGCGCCCGCGAUCGACUCAACAGCGAAAUUCUUCAUCUCAGAGAAGUUCAACCCGUCAGCAGUACCAGCGUCAAAAUAAUGUGGGACAUUCUCGGCGCAGCGGAUUUGGUCGAAGGUCUCUACAUAAGAUACCGCGAGAUUUCCAACAAACCAGAGUACCAGAUGGUAACAGUUUUAAAUGCCGGUGCUACGAGUUAUGUUUUGACGAAUCUUAAAAAAUACACGUUAUACGAAUUUUUUCUCGUCCCUUUUUAUAAGACAAUUGAAGGCAGACCAAGUAACGUCCAAUUGGCCACGACAUUAGAAGACAUACCAUCAGGUGCACCGGAAAACGUCCACGUUGGUAUGAUAAAUAUGACCUCCGCGUUCGUACGGUGGGAGCCACCGCCAAAAAAUGAGCAAAAUGGAGAAUUGAUCGGGUAUAAAAUCCAAAUAAAGAGUAAUAGCAGCAAUAAAGUGCUGGGACAAAUGUCAUUAAAUGCAUCGACAACUUCUGUUAUUAUAAAUAGUUUAACAACCGGAGGUUUGUACACAGCACGUGUUGCUGGUUUAACACGAGCCGGUAUUGGUCCCUACUCAAACCCAACGAUAUUGAAUAUGGAUCCUGGACAAUUGACACAAUUACCCCCACGAACUGAUCCAAGUCACGGUGGGAUGUCUGUAGUUACGGAGACUUGGUUCUUGGUAUUGAUGAUCACAAUGGUGUUUACUGUUGUCGCUGGACUGGUUGGUGUCCUCUAUAUGCGCCGUAGACAGGCUAUGAGCAAACAAUUGGGACAUCUCAGCGUACCAGUAGGCACUGCCAAUGACAUUUGUCAACUAAAUAAAGACACGCUGUGGCUAGAACGCGGAUGGAGACCAACAAAUACUUUGCAGAGUUCCAAUGACAAAGAUUGCGAGACAAAGUUGUUGAACAAUCAGCAGAUGAUUGCCCCGGGAAUCGUCAGUAUGGCUGGGUCCGAGUACGCGGAAGUAAAUUUGACGACUUUUUACAACACACGCAAACAGUUACAAGCUCCGCCAGAACCUUAUGCGACGACGACCCUGUGUGUUGGUAAUCGCAGUCCAGACUCAAUGGAAGGCAGCGGACAAAAAUCAAACUCCAGUGAUUCCUGCAUGAAGCCGGACUAUUCAAAUUUAGAUUCCAAUCAAGAUCACAACCAAUCUACUUUGUCACCUAGCAGUGACAAUGCCAGCAGUUCGUAUACCGAUGACAAUGCUGACGCGCAGAGACGCACGCAGCAGUAUCGUUUGAACCAAAAUGACAAUAAUCAAACGAGUCAGACGAGUAUGCCUAAUUGGUGUGACAUGUUGCCGCCACCACCUGAACAUCCACCGCCUGCUGGUGGAAGUCUUGUAGGGACUGGUACCAGUGCAGGCGGCACAUCGCUGUCUGCGAGGAUGCAGCAGCAAAUGGCGGCAUUUAGUCCCCAUCUGGCAAAACGCAGUGUCCAGAAUGACCUCGAUGGUAUCAAUACAACGAAUUCACAGAGUCCCCCGACACCACCGGUGCGUAUCGGUAACAAUUUUUCGUCAUCACCGACUCCAUGGAACAGUCAGUUGUCAACGCAACAUGACAAUACUAUUGCAGGCAACUAUCAGCAGGGAAGAUACACAACCUUACCACCGCAAACGAAUCCACCUCCAGUUCCAUCGUUCCCUCAAGGCUUCACCCAUUAUGAUUUCAAGAACCAAGAAAAUGAAUACGAAAGCGGAUCUGUGAUUUACGGGCAUCAGAAUGGACUAGGAGAAGACUACCGGAGCCACGACCCGGGCUACAGUCGGCCCAAUCACCCGAACCACCACCUAGACCGCGGCGGGUCCCUCAACGACGAAGUCUACCGUAACCACAAGGACGAAAUGUUCAGAAAUGACAAUCACUAUCAGCAUGAAAACGAAGAGUGGGACAGGAAAUCCUGCGACUCAAACACUCAUUCGGAGCUCUGUUGCUCGUGUUCAGAAUCAAGUUGUCUCUAUGCCGAUACAAUGGAAUACAAUAAUCAAUUUGGUGGCACUGGCCCUGUAACUGGAGGCAACGGAUGCGGUCAUAACAACAGAAAUAACUCGUCGAGAAAUAGAAAUAAUAGAAGCCCGCGUAGGAGGAACAAUCGCGCGGUAUCACCUACCUACAGCAGCGAUAGCAACUACUCGUGUAUUCCUCAGAGACAAUGCGGUCCUGUUAAUUCACAGGAACGGCUCAGGCACAAUCGCAGUAAAGACAAAGUGCCGAGUUUCACAAGAACCGGAGGCUACGCACAGCACAACUCAUCAGCAUCGAACACAAUGAGCAGCACAGGUAGCCAAAGGUACAACAAAUUAAACAGCCUCUUUAAUCCAAACGGCUUGACAGAUGCAACAACACGGCUGAGCGAUCAUCGAGAGAGUUAAAUCGUCACCAUAACUGAUAAAGUUAAAUAAAGUUAAAUAUAAAUCGGCCACGAUUCUUGCCAACGAAUGGCCUGCUGUGAGAGUACCGUAAUCCUUUAAUUAAACACUAUUAAUUAAAAAAAAACUAACAACAAUUAUAUAGUAACUAAUAAUUAAUAAUCAAUAACUGAUAGAAAUUAAAUAACGUUCUGCUCUCGCAUUGUCAUCAGACAAUCGAUGCCAACCCGAGCAAUACUCAAUUUUAAAAAAAAUAUUAUUAUGUACGUUGUUUUAUAAAUGCCAUUUAUGUCUUUUCAUAUUAUUAUUAUUAUUAUCAUCACUAUUACUAUUAUUGAUAAUUAUAAUUAUUAAUAAAAAUAAUAAUUAACACUAGCCAUCUGUUGAUAAGUCACGGCGAUAAGAGAAUAAGCUAUUAUUAUUAUUGAAUAUUUAUAUAAAUAUAUAUAUAUGUGGCAUUUAUUUUAAAUAGACUGUAAAUUCUCCAUCGUCACGACAAAUAAUUACACAUUAUUUUCGAUAAUAUUCCCAAUUAAUUGUUAAGUAUAAUAAAUAAAACUCAACUUAAUUAACGACCGAGAAGCUAAUUAGUCGACAGUCUCUUCCAGAUAAGAGUAAUUGAUAAAUACUUAUUAUUUAAUAGUAAGAUUUAAUAAUCGAGUGUACGGCGUAUUAAUCAUAUCAAUGGUUUUUGUAUACAUUGUAAAUAAAUUAUUAUUAAUAAUUAAUAUAAUAAUUAUAAAAUUUAGUCACUAGUAUUUAAAUUAAUUGUAUUUAUAAGCUACGAUUAGUAGCAGAGAAACUUAUAGGGGACUAGGAUCUACACCCAGCAACUAAAAAUUUAUCAUAAAUAAAUAAAUAAAAAAUAUAUAAUGUUGAAUUAAUGUACAGCUUCCACGUAAAAAUAAUCUCAGUUGAUUGUAUUUAAAUAAUUUAAUGUAACUGAUUAUUAAUUUUAGUCUACGUGAUUUAAAAUAGAGAGGGGAUUAAUAAAAACGUUUUUUUUUUAUUUGUUGUUUGUUAGAUUAUUUAAAAAAUAUGACAAGCUCUUUGUUAAGACAAUAGUUACUGUAGUUACUGAAUUGUUUGUUCACUGAUAAUAAUGAUAAUAAUAUUAAUAAUUACAUAAAUAAAAGAAUAAAAAGGUUCCCUAUUGUCUCAUGUAGAUAUCACAUGUGAAUACUGACGGUAAAUUAAAAAUAUAUAUAAGUUAUAUUUAAUAUUUGUAUUGUAUUAUUUUUUUUUUUUAAAUGAAAAUAAUUACUAUUGCGGUAAUUGAUUGUAAUAUUAAUUAGAUAACUUUGAUGCCAUGUAAUCGCUCAAAUUAAAUGUAUAAUUAGUCGAUGACUAAUUGCCCAGUACAUUUCAAUUGGAGUUUAAAUUCUGUUAAUUAUAUUUUACGAUAAAAUAAAUUAUUUAGAUCUGAUAAAUAAAAAAA